UUUGAAUUUACGUCAAGGCAUUUUCUAAAACAAAAUCAUUAUGUGUAGAAAACUUUUGGAAAUUUAGGUUAAAAAGUUCUCGGCUCAAAAUUUUUAAAAACAUGGAACUAUUUCGGUUUAUCAAAUUUAUAGGGAGUCCAUGCAAUGCAGCACAACGAAAUGUAAAUCUACGGAUGUUUUCUUCCGGACCAAAGAAGCCUUCGAAUAAUGCUGAUUUAGUGAUUCGAGGUGGCGGUAAAUGCAAAUCUAAAGAAAAACCUUCUGCCCAACAGGCUGAUAAAAAUAAAGAUACAAAAAAGCCAUCAUGUGAGAAAUUGUUGAUGAAAAAAGAUGACAAACCAAAAAAAAAGAUCAACGACAAAACAGCCAUAUCUGGCGGAGGAUCAAAAAAUGUUUGCUCUUCUAAGCCAAAAUCAGAAAACACCGAGGGACAUCAUGCCAAUCGUUGGAAAAAAGUUUCAAUGUGUGUAGCACUUCCUUUGGUUGCUCUACUUACACUUUUAGUAUUUACCACACGUAUGGAAAGUGAACGACCAGAAUAUAUAUAUUAUCCACAUUUAUAUAAACGAUCUAAGCCUUUUUUCUUUGGCGAUGGCAAUCGAACGGCUUACCACAAUGGCCAUUGGAAUGCUGUACCACCAGCAGGUUAUGAAGAUGAAGUUGAUGAGGGUGCUGCUGGUCAGACUCCCGAAACGGAGGCCGAGAAAAAGCAACGUUUAAAGGAUUUUGAGAAAACGCGUAAACUUUGGGAUAAGCAUACACAAAUACGAGAAAAGGAGCGAAAGAAGGAAGAAGCUAAGGCUGCUAAGAUGCAAGUCCAAGAAGCUCCAGUUGAAACAGAAGCACAUAUCAAUGUAACUGAGGAGGAAAAGAAGAAAUUGGUAAAUAAUCUGGAAACUCAACAUGAUAAUGAGUCUGAAAUGAAAGUAACGAAAGUAGAUUUCCGAAGUAAACAAAAAGAAUCUGUCUAUAAUGUAGAGGACGAGAACUAUUAACCAACAAAAUUAAAUAAAUGUUAGUUUAUUAAAAAAGAAAAGUCAAUGCAGAGAAAAGAUUGGCCAAAAACAAAUGAUCACAAGAUCCAAUUCCUUGCUAAACUUUCUUUCUAUAAUAAACUAUGUAAUGUAAUACAUUAACAA